AAUAUUUACACUUCGCACAUGCACAUCCACUGCGAAUCUGAGUUUGCUGGAUUUGAGUUGCGACGACCGGAAAAUAGAAGGAUAACAAUCGACAAAAAUCUAGCGAAUAGGAGGCCAUCCAUUCGGAAUUAUAUUCUUAGUAGAAGCUAGAAGCCUUUGAAUUUGGCUAUGGCGGACGGGAAGUCUUCUACGACGGAGAGGUUUGUAAAAACUGUCCCACAUCCACCAAAGCACAGACUGACAGAGAAAGAGGUCUAUGACCUGUCCGGGAAACCUAGACCAGAUGUCCUCAAACAGCACUUCUUACAAGAAGGACGGUUAGAAGAAAGCGUUGCACUUAGGAUAAUCAAUGAAGGAACAGACAUAUUACGGAAAGAAAGUACUAUGUUAACGAUAGACGCCCCUGUAACAGUAUGUGGUGAUAUCCAUGGUCAAUUCUAUGAUCUAAUGAAGCUGUUUGAAGUUGGGGGAAGUCCCCGCGAAACACGCUACCUUUUUUUAGGAGAUUACGUUGACAGAGGGUACUUUAGCAUAGAGUGUGUGCUAUAUCUCUGGAGUUUGAAGAUAUUGUGUCCAAAAACGCUGUUCAUGUUACGAGGAAACCACGAGUGCCGGCACCUCACAGAAUACUUCACAUUUAAAACAGAGUGCAAAAUAAAAUACACAGAGAAUGUGUAUAAUGCAUGUAUGAUAGCGUUUGAUUGUCUACCAUUAGCAGCUGUUAUGAACCAACAGUUUCUCUGUGUCCAUGGAGGCCUCUCACCAGAAAUACACUCAUUAGACGACAUCAAGAAUUUGGACAGAUUCAAGGAGCCUCCAGCAUUUGGUCCUAUGUGCGAUCUCCUAUGGUCAGAUCCGUUAGAGGACUUUGGUAGCGAGAAGAGCGCAGAACACUUCAGUCACAAUUCAGUCAGAGGCUGCUCAUACUUUUACAGCUAUCAAGCUUGCUGUGAGUUCUUACAACAGAAUAACCUUCUUUCAAUAAUCCGAGCACACGAGGCACAGGAUACUGGGUAUCGGAUGUAUAGGAAGAGUCCUACAACAGGUUUCCCCUCCCUUAUUACCAUCUUCUCGGCACCUAACUACCUGGAUGUCUAUAACAAUAAAGCUGCAGUACUGAAGUACGAGAACAAUGUAAUGAAUAUCAGGCAGUUCAACUGUUCCCCUCACCCCUACUGGUUACCUAACUUCAUGGAUGUAUUCACAUGGUCAUUACCGUUCGUCGGUGAAAAGGUAACGGAAAUGCUGGUCUCGAUUCUCAACAUCUGCUCCGAUGACGAGCUCCUCUCAGACGGAGACGAUACAUUUGAAGGUCUAUACAAAGACACAAAUAAAGUCAAAACUCCAGUAGUGCAAAGAAAUGUGGUGGACCUCCCUAAAAAAAAUUCUACCACAGAGACUAAUGCAGAUCCAGGUAAAGCCCUUAGAUUUGGUGGUUCAGCAGCGGCACGGAAAGAGAUCAUUCGCAACAAAAUCAGAGCCAUAGGAAAGAUGGCACGCGUCUUCACUGUUCUCAGGGAAGAGAGUGAAAGUGUGUUGACAUUGAAGGGUCUGACACCUUCGGGUAUGCUGCCAGUCGGAGCCCUCUCGGGUGGGAAGAGGACAUUGCAAACAGCGAUUGGUCAGAAGAUCAGUGGCUUUGAGGAAGCCAAAGGUCUGGACAAGGAGAACGAAAAGAUGCCGCCUAGGAAAGAUGCACCUCCCCCACCCAACAACAAAGGAUCGUAAUGACCCCCCUCUCAUCGUGUUCGCCCUUCCCCUAUUAUCAGGAUGACACCCUUUAUCUCUUGUCCCAUUCGACCUGGUAGUCUCGGCUACCCUCGUGAUACUCUCGGCUCUUUAACGUCAUCAUUAAACCCCUGUUAUGUCAGAGCCAGGAACAUUCCUUUGUAAGUGUAAUACAGUUCCCUGAUGCUCAUAGACUCAUAUAGUGAGAUAAUCCUUUCUUUUAAAUGAUCCCUGACCUGUUGGCCAGAGGAACUGGUGUUGGGGAGCCUUAGAGAAUGAAAGACUUUGGUUGUCAGCAGGUUAAUGAGUGGACCCAACAUUGGGAAUGUCCUGACUGGUAUCAUGCAACAGGCUCAGAUGGUUCCCAUCCCACUGAAAGACAUUGGUAGUUCUCGCUUUAAGUGGGACCUGGGUGCAGCAUGAGGUCCUCAGCAUUCCGAGAAAGACAUCUCCAGUUGAGACGGUGACGACUCAUCGAGGCAGGGGACCUGACCUGGAUAUCCUCAACAGGAAGUAGAGGUAACCACAUCGUAUCCCAUGAUUCAUCCAGGGACGCCCGACAUCCGUCAGAAGCAGGGUAUGGUUAAAGGGAUGCGAUCAGCCCCAGGUCUCGCUCCGCAGCAUUCAAUGAGUCCUGAACCUGUUGCCUUUGAGAACAGGAUAGGUCAUGUACUGAACAAAGGCAAAGAAGAUCUACAGAAUCUUGUAAUCAAAGGGUUGGAAUAUUGAGUGCAAGACACCAACCACAAAAUGUUCAUCUGGUGUGUUUGUUCAAACUGUCAAUGAAGUCAAAUUGGAAUGUUACCAUACAAUUGUACGAUAUCAAGUUUACAUAAUUUAGGAAUACAUUAGUAAAGCAAGAUGUAAUGUGCCCACAUUGCAUUGACUCGUAUGGUUCAAUUCAUGCAGCGUGAAUUGUUCAUUUCUUUGGGAAAGUUCUUUACAGAUCCACCCAAGUCUGGAUUGAGGAAGAGAAUCAUAGAGGGAAUUUUGUCAUUUGUUGCAGUGGUUUUUAUUGCACAAGGUCACAUUUUGCACCAAUACAUAGAAUAGCAUUGUUGAACUUGUCUCAUUUGAAGGUUCUGAUAUGACUGCCUCAUGUUUGUAACAGUGUGAUAAGCUGUUUUUGGUCAUCAUUCGAGAUAAAAGGCACCAUGUUUAAAGUGUUCAAUUGAAUUAUCAGAGAAACACUUAAUAACAGAAAGAUCAUUGAUUCAAUUGGAAGAAAAAUUUAGUAUGGGAAUAAAGAAUAAGACA